GAAAAAUAUAACUUGGAACGUUGCAUGGUAUUUGGAAUUAAAAGAAAUUUACUUAACGUUGUAAAUUGCUAAAGUAGCAUUUAAAGGGUCAUUUUUUAUUGUCAAUUGAAAUGCAACACUUAUAGACGGAGAUUUACGUUCUGCACCAGCCAUCGCUACUCAGAAAUAGUCGGUAGCCGCAUGAGUUAAAGUACAGGUUGAAAUGUGAUACAACAUGUUAAAGAAAUAGCAGUAACGAUAACAGUUUAUUUUGCAUAGUUCAAUACGUCAUAACUAUAUUAAGCCAAAAUCCAACCUCAACAUAACGGCUUGAACGUCAUUUAUUCAUGCGUCAGCUCUUCUUUCAGUAAUUAUAUGUUUGACUGGACUGAUUUAUUAAAUGUCAAAAAUAAAUUAUUAAUUUUCAUCAAAACAAUAACCGUUAAAACUAUUGUUAACUUACUCGUGUCUUUUGAUAAACGCAGCUUUAUCGUAGUCAUAAAACAUCUGUUAUUAUGACUGCGUUUUAUCGAAUUAUUACUUCAUUUCAAAAUUGAAUUUUAAAAUAAGUGACCGAAUGACGUCGGAACUAUUUUAUUAGGCGCGUAAAUAUUAUUUUAAAACAACUGUUAAUGACAAUAGUCAACAACGCAUUUAAAGAUUUACAAUACUUUUAUUAAUGGGUUCUCUUUAAACUUUACCGGCAUCUCUUCAAAAUUUGUGCUUAAUACGUUUUUUUUAAAAGGAAAAUUAAACUCUGGAUAUCUUCUAAAAAGUGGAAAGUUUAUUAUUUUUGUAACUGGCAUCUCAAGCUAGGAAAAAAAUCUCAUGCCUUUUUACAUUUUUGCAAAGGUAUUAGUUUCGCAUGAUUAUGUUAAAAUUAAUUUUAUAAAAAAAACAACUGAAAAACGAUUGCAAUGGCAUCGACAAUUAUUCGGACAGUAAAUUUAAAAAGAAGUAAAAAAGGGUUAGGCUUUAUAAUAUCAAAUCAGUUUCCAUGUAUCAUCAGUUGUGUUAAUCAAAAUACUCCUGCUUUUGAUGCUGGCUUAAAAUCUGGAGAUGAAAUUUUAGAAAUAAACUCGAUUGAUGUUAGCCAAUUCAAACACAAUGAUGUUGUUAAAAUUAUCUUAUGUAAUGAGCAACCUCACAUCUUAAUUAAAGUGCGUACAUUUUAUAGUGUCUCAAAGGAUUUUUUAUUGCAUGGCUUUAACCAACAGGUAUUAGAUAUAACGCAUUUAAGUGAUCAUGAAAAAAUAAAAAUAAAUUUUACUCAUGAAAAAAAUAGUAAAGAUUGUUCAACAGUUGUCUCUAAUAGCUAUUGCGAAGAAAGAAAAGCAAAUGUUCAACAUUCAGAAAUGACAGAAAAUGAUGUUCACUAUUGCUUUGAAAAUAUUUCUACAAAAUCAUCUCUAAAAAGAUCUCCCAGUCAACCUGUUUCUAUUUAUUAUCCCCCUAUCUAUAAUGUUUUACUCCUUUAUUACUGUUCAGUUGAUAUUCCGCAUGAUAUAAAUUUAAAAAUUUCCAGUGAUUCUACAAUAAAUGACUGCAUAUCUAAAAUAAAAAAACUUAACAAUAAACCUGUUUUAGUGCACCUUCAGAUUUCAAAAAUGGGCAUCAAAUUGAUAAAUCCAUUUGGAAAUGAAAUAGUUACAUACCCAUUGAGAACAAUUAUUUUUAGUAAUAUAUAUGCAGAAGACAAACGUUUUUUUAGUUUUGUUACACAAAACUCUUUAUUAGACCACUCAGUUACAACUUCAUUAAACAGUACUAAAAAGUUUGUCAAAUCCAAAAUAGUUUGUUUGCAUGCGUGCCAUGUAUUUAUGGUAGAAAGUAAGCUCUCUGUUCAUUCAGAUCAUAAAGAAUUUGCUGAUGUGUUUAAAAUUGCAUGUACACCUAGUUUAAAAUUUGAUGGGUGUCAAGAAUUUCCUCCUUCUCCUUCAUAUGUAUUACAAGAAUUGAAUGCAUUUUUAAAAGAAAGGAAAAAUGUUCGAAAAGGAGUUCAAUCAUUCUGCUUUGUUUCAACCGAAGAGUUUCCUUCUACACCUGAAGAAGAUGUAAUAUAUAACACUUUAGAAAAAAUUCAAAAAAGUUCACUCAACAGUCCAACUCGAAAUACUCAAAAGCUUAUGGUUAGUCCACCUUGCUCUCUCCAAGGAAUAAAUGAAGAUGAAAAGUUAUGCUUGAUAAAGGAAAUCCAACAAAACAAUAAUUAUUCUCAAAAAAUUAGCCUUACUGCGGAUUAUCCCAUGCAAAAAAAUAUGCAUUCAUUACUUGAAAUAGGUGGAGAGAAAAAUAUUAGCUGGAUAAAAGGAAAUGAAUUUUCAAAAAAGUUGUUUCCUUCAAAAAGAAUGGAGUAUAAAAAACCACCAGUACCGAGAAAAAUUUCUUGCGCAACCAAAUCUUUUGGGUUUACUAAAAUCAUUUCAUCAGAACAGAAAGGCUCAAAUAUAAAAAAUCAAGAAAAUAAAAAAUUGUUCGGUUUAUUCAACAGUACUGAAAAAUGCAAAGAACAGGUUUCUUCUGACAUCAAAAAAGAACGUAGUUCUAGCGAUAGCAUGGUUUCAGAAAAUUCAACUGAAAGUUUCUCGGAUAUUAACAGCAGAAAGGGCACUCCUCCAACUAAUCCUAAACAUUUAAAAUCACCAGAGAAAGAAAAGAAUGUUCAUAACAAGAAAGUGGAGCUGUGGUCAUGCUCAUUUGAAUCAUUGCUUGCUGAUAUUGAUGGUGUUAAAUGCUUUCAGGAAUUUCUGAAAAAAGAGUUUAGCGAAGAAAAUUUAAUGUUUUGGAAAGCUUGUAAUGAUUUUUUAAAGCUUAAAGACAUAAACAAGAUAAAAGAAUGUGCUAAGGAAAUAUUUGAUAAUUACUUAUCUUCGAAAGCACCUUUUCUUGUGAAUGUUAAUCUCAGCAUAUGCAAGAGAGUGGAGCAGCAAUUAGACUCACCAAACACUGAUCUUUUUGUUAUUCCUCAGCAGCAGGUUUUUCAACUUAUGAAAUUUGAUAGCUAUCCUAGAUUUAUAAAAUCUGAUUGGUUCAAGGAGCGUGUUAAUAAUUAUAAUGCUGACAACUCAAGUAAAGAAAAUUUGAAAAAGUUAAAUCAAUCAUUUGAACAAGAAGAAAAGAAUGUUGUUAAUUUCAGGACUGGUAAAGUGAAAUCACCGGAGCUAAAAAAUUCUAGAGCUGCUAUUCAUAAAGAGAGAUCAUUUUCAACAAGUAUUAUUGGACACAAUAUUGGCACAUCUCCAAGUAAUAUAAAAGAUUUUCAGUUGUGGGAUGGGCCGGAUUCAUCAAACACUUCUGGAUUGCUAAGGAUUAUGUUUCCUGAUGGAACUUCUAGAAUUUUUACUACAGAUAAAGGAGUGUCAUUAAGAGAAGCUCUAAAAGAUGUUCUAGAAAAAAAAAAUAUUGUUUUAUCAUCUUAUGAUGUAACUAUAGGACAAAAUGGCCAGAUUUGUAAUCUUGAUGUUGAUGCUACUUUGUAUAAAGAUGCAGCUUUAUUUCUUGAAAAGCGUGUUUUAUUCAGGUUUGAUCUACCGAAUAACCGAUCAGUUGGUAUAAAAUCUAAUCCAAAUAAGACUCUACAUGACAUUCUUCAGCCUGUUAUGAAAAAAAAUGGUUUUGACAUCAGUAAUUUUAAUAUAUUAUUGUUUGACAGCAAAUCUUGUCUCGCACUGAAUACAAUCAUUAAAAAUGUUGAAAACAAAAGGCUUGUAACAAAAAGAGCUCCCAAAAAACAAUCCAGCCAAUCAUCACUUGAUUCAGCUAAAUCGCCUGUUCUUUCUGACUUUCGAGCUUCCUUCCGUAAAUUUCGUUCUGCUAGCUUUGUCAAAGAUGAAAAGAAUGUUGAAGAGAAAUUUGAUCAGACCCUAACAAAAAAAUUUAGUAAUGAAAUGAAGCAUUUGAUUUUAGGCAGGUCUAAAAGUGCUGGUCCUGACAGCACAGCAGCUUUAUUAAAUGUUAUUAAAAAAUCACAAAGCAAUCGCAUAGAAGACCAACGUGGUGUUAUAAUAGGUAAACAAGAACUACCUGAUUUUCUUAAAGUAUCUACUUCGUCGAGCCCACCUGUUCUAACUCGAAGUUUCUCAGUAACAGCAAGUCCGACGCAUCUGUUCAAAGAUGCUGCACAAGAACUUCACACUAAACUUUCACAAAGUACAACGACAUUUUGCUCUAUUCAGAGUUGGUCUGAUAUUCCCGCUAUUGAUAGAAGUAUAAUAGAUACUUCAUUUCUAAGCAAAGAUAGUAUAAAUAGUAAUUUAUCGCAAAAUAGUGAUCAUGCUAAAGAUGAUGUCAAUUUGUUUCAUAGUGAUCCAAAUCUUAUGAAAAGUAAAUUAAUAAGAAAAAACUCUGCCCCGCCAAUUACUGAUUUUAAUGUACAAAAAAAAGACUCCUCACAAAACCUAAAAACGGAAAAUUCUAACGAAUCACGCCUAGGUUUUACAAGCGUUUCAAUGCCGCCUCGUCCAAAACCAAUUAAUGUAUUAGACGAAAUUGCUAUAUUAAAAGCUUUAAAUGAAGAUUCAGAUUUUGAAGUGCUUGAAAUUCCUUCAGAUACUUUGAACGAUAGCUUUUACACACCUAAUGGCUCUUUCACUGACAAUAGUUUUAUUGCUAAUUUUACCCCGCCAACUCCACUUUGCACUCGGUUAGCAUCAACAAGCAAUCCUGAGUGUUCUGAAGUGUCAUAUCGAAGAAGUGUUGAACUUGAGAGAGGGAAUUUUUUUGAUUAUGCAGGAGUUUCUCAUGCUAAUCAGUAUUUAAAAGAUCAAAUACACAUUCGAGACUCUUCCAUAGUUCCCAUGACUACCAGCGCAACAUUUUCAGUGCAUGAGAGUAUUUUUGAAACGAACUCAAUACCUACACCAGAGAAAAGUAAACUGUUAAAUGGCGAAACUAUUCGUGGUAGACAAAACGAAAAAAUUAGUUUUGUUUGAUUUCUAGACUAGUCUUUUAUUUUUACCUUUCUUCAAAUUCUUUUACCGGAUUUCUAUAAAUAUUUUUAAAAUUUGAAAAUCUAAAAACAAGGUUUGAAUCUCUAUAUAGAUGAUUAUCUUUAUAAUUAAUAAUAGGUGAAACCUUGAAGGUGCGUACAUACAUAUAUAAACAUACUUACAUAUAUAAACAUACAUGUAUGUAUGUAUGUAUGUAUGUAUGUAUGUAUGUAUGUAUGCUUUACCUGUUAUCUGUAGAUAUAUUUAUUACCCACCUUUGCAUCUAAUUGAAAUAAAAGGAAAAAGGAAAUUUUUAUUCGAGUAGGUUAUAUUUGAAGUUUAUUUUUGAUUGCAGAUUUUGUUUCUAUUUUAACCUGUAAAUAUUUUAUUAGUACU